AUGUAUUUGCAAACCCCCAAAAGACCCAAUUUGCCAUCUACACCAAGUUAUAAAUUACCACCGUUCUCAUCGCUUUUAUCAAAAGAAUUACCACCACCAAUAAUCAAACCCAGAUUACCCUCGAUAGAUACUUUACCAACACCAAUCACCAAUUACAAGUUUAAUUCGAUAACACCUCCGGAAGAAAGCGACGUGUCCAAUGACUCGUUCAACGAUACUUUUCAAGAAUUGAAACCUAAGAUUAAGAAAAGGAAAAGUUCUAAUGAUUCAGAAAAAUCCUUCGCAUUCAUUUCUCACUCUCCAGCAACUUAUCCGCUGCAAGAACCUUCAAUUGAUAAUGCUCCUUUGGCAAGAAGGAAGAGAAGAAGAACCAGUCCUAACGAGUUAUCCAUCUUACAACAAGAAUUCGAAAAGGGAUCAACCCCCAAUAAAUUAAGAAGAAUAGAAAUCAGCAAUAAAGUUAACAUGUCAGAAAAAGCAGUGCAAAUUUGGUUUCAAAAUAAAAGACAAUCUUUAAGAAAACAAUCAAAUCACGAAAAGGAAAUCACAGAAUUACCCCCAACCCCGGAUACCUCUAAUUAUUUCCCAAUAGUUGAAUCAACCCCAACAAAACCGGCUUUUAAUUCAAGCUCUACUCCCUUUACUAAACUUGACAUUGAUCCAAUCGAUACUUCUUCUCUCAAUAAUAACUUGGUUUUAAAUAACACUAAAAAGAAACAACCAAACUCUCUCAACUCAAUCAACUCUCAGACAAUGACUUUCAAAUUGGCUCCUGCUAAAGUUGCCACUCCAAAUCUUUUAAAUAAAUUAAAAUUAGAGGAAAGAUCUCCUCUAAAAGAAAUUAACCUUAAUAAACCUAAAAAGGAUAAUGAAUGUAUAGAAAACUUAUUAUCCUUGAAAACAGACGCUAAAAGAAGCUCCAACUUAUCGGAACUUCCACUAUACCAAACCGACCUCAUCAAAGAUAUCCUCAAGGAAAUCCACGAUCUAGAUCGUGAUAUUGAGUAUCUCCAAGAACAAGAAUCAAUUCAGAAUUCAUCAUCAUCAUCCGAAGAAGAAAUUAAAAUCAACCAAUGUCAGAUCUUCGUAACCCACUUAUGCUUAAGAAGGAACAAAAGAUGCUUGCUAGCCUACCAAUACUUGAGAGCAUCUAAAAUAGAUGAGUUUUGCUGGCUAAACAUCGACCCAAUAUCAAACUUGGACUCAAAUUCAAAAUUUAAAUCUUCUACAAGCCAAAAUUUAAACUUAGAUAAUCUAAGUCAUAACGAAUUGGAAUACUUUAAAAACUAUCAGGAUCUACUCAUCGACUAUAAGUCAAAUUUCCCCGAUAUCGAUCUUUCUGGGGAUUUGGAACCUCCAACAAAUAUCUUUGUAGACGUUCGUGUUUUGAAAGAUGGCGGUGAAGUUCAAACUGAAUACGGGGUAUUCAACCUUAUUAAAGAUUCCCAAUUCUACGUUCGUAAAUCAGACGUUGAAAGAUUGAUUCAACAAGCUGGUACAAAUGGUAAAGGAUCAACGGUGGCUUAUAUCUCAUCAAUUUUAACCAACUCCAAGAUAACUAAUGGAUGCUUCAAUUCCCCCCAUUUAUUAUACUACAAUGAUUGCAUUUCAAUUAAUAAUAAAGCUUAUCCCUUACCAAAAUUCAAUAAAGUAAGCCAGUUGGUAAAUAGUGAAAAUGAAAAACAUCAAUUGAACUGUACCGAAUUCGAAAUACUAACGGCUACGGCUUUCAAAAUUUUUCAAAUUGAAAAAAUUGAGUUUGCCAUAAUUGAAGUUGGUCUAGGCGGGAGAUUGGACGCAACAAACGUGUUGACCCCUCUAAAUGGUAACGGAGUGGUUGCUACUGGUAUAACUAAGAUUGGUUUCGACCAUGAAGGGUUUUUAGGUAAUACCUUAACUGCCAUUGCUGGUGAAAAAGCCGGAAUCAUUAAAGAGCAAGUACCAGUGGUUGUUGAUUCAACAAAUCACCAGGAUGCCCUAAACGUGAUUGAAAAGAAGGCUCAUGAUUUGAAUGCAAACUUAUACUAUACUAAUAAAUCUCUACAAUUAGAUUCACUCUUGAAAAAGUCUCCUUUGAAAGGUGACUACCAAUAUCAAAAUUUAGGCAUUGCAUUGAAAAUAAUCGAUCUAAUCAAAUCCCGGUUCCAUUUACCAAUACCCUCCAAGUCUAUAGAGUUAGGCAUUUCUAAAACAAAUUGGCCCGGACGCUUGCAGUCUGUCGAAAUACCCAACAAAGAUUUGACCGUACUUAUCGAUGGUGCCCAUAACGAAAGUGCUGCAAUAGAAUUGGGUAAAUACCUUGCUAAUCUCAGAGUUGCAAAUCCUGGGAUCAUUCUUGUUGUUGCCUUGACAAAAGGUAAAUCAAUUGAAAAUCUUUUAAAACAUAUAAGUGAUAAAGAUAAUGACACCUUGAUUCCAACCGGGUUUUCGACCCCAGAUAACAUGCCUUGGGUUUCGAGUUUCCCCAUUGAUGAACUACAACAACGGGCCCAAUCCUACAUAAAUGACAUUCGUCUCGUGGAACAAGACUUGGACUCUAUCUUUAACUAUAUAUGCCAACUCAGAAAAGAUGGCGAUAACCGCGAAGUCGUCAUUUGUGGGAGUCUAUACUUAUGUUCUGAUGUUCUUAGAUAUGUAAAUUGA